GCCAAUCACAGCACCCUUUUACCACGUGAUCAGCUAUGUCCAAUGACCUAUCAGUGCCCAUUAAUGCUGCCUAUCAGUGCCGCCUAUCAUGCAGCAUCAUCAGUGCCUCCUCAUCAAUGCCCACCAGUGCCGCCUCAUCAGUGCCACCUCCUCAGUGCAGCCUAUAAGUGUCCAUCAGUGCUGCCUAUCCAUGCCACCUCAUCAGUGCCCAUUAGUGCUGCCUAUCAGUGCUGCCUAUCACUGCAGACUCAUCAACACACAUCAGUG